UUUGUUUAAGCACAUUUUUAUUAAUAAUUUGGUCAUAUCAGUUCAGGGCUUCUUAUCUCUGACUCCUUAUCAAAUAAUUCGUUCAGUGAGGAGCGUAUAAUAAGCGCCGUUAAAUUAUAAUAUACAUGUGCACGUUGAGUGUUACUUCAGUAUGACUUGAGCGUAAGUGUAGAAUACUAAUUCAGUUUUAGUUAUUGGUAUGGCAUCGACGGAAGUGGACGUGGCCGGUCGUUGCUGCGCGAAUCUGUCCCGAUACCGUUCAUAUGUGUCGUGUUCGCGCAAAUAGCGUGCUGCCUCCGUACUGCAGACGCCUGCACUUGAUCGUGAAAGUUUAUUACCACUGGCCUCAAACACUAGAACCGUUACUAAAAGAAAUCGCCUUGUUUUGAGAUAAAGGUUGUUUUGUGUGUAAUUUCAGUGGUUAGAUCGGAAUUUACAUUGUCAUGGUGUGGUUUAAUCCAGAAACUUAUAGACAGAUACAUUUUUUGUGUUAGAACUUAGUUAUAAUCGGUGUUUGGAGUUUAACCAUGUGUUUUGUGUGCAGUAUGCAUAGUGGCGUAGAUAAUACUCAUGCUGAAAUCGAUGUUUACGAAUAGGUAGGUAUUACGUCAGUAUAAAUAUUGGUUUUAGCAGAGUGUAAAAUGGUUUGUCAGUUCAGUUCAUUUGUGACUUUACGUCGGAGACAUUGUGCAUAGGAAUCGUAUGUGAUACAAGUGUACAAGUAGAAAGAAUUCGGUCGGCGCUCGGGACUCAUCGCCGGCGUGAAGCGGGCGGAGCAGAUGGUCGCACGUCGCGCGCGUCACGGCGGAGGGCUGUGCGGGCUCGGGCGCGGGGUGCGCGGGCGGCUCGCGUGCCUCGCCGCCGCCGGGCUUCGAUCGCGAGCUCUUCCAGGAGCUGAGCUACCUCCCCGAUGCGGAACUUCGCGAGUGUCUCGGCGAAUAUCCGGACUUCCUGUACCACGUCGCUCGGGACAAAUUUGGCCGACUAUACUUUCGCGUGAUCAGGACCUUGCUCCUUGAUAGAGUUCUAUGCAGCAACAGGGUGAGCCAAAUGACAAAAACCUACAAUGACAUCGAAGCGGUAACACGGCUCUUAGAAGAAAAAGAGAAAGAUUUGGAGCUGACGGCUCGCAUCGGCAAGGAAUUGUUAACUGCUAAUGGGCGUUUGGAAGCGCGAGUCACCGCGCUCGAGGGGGAGUUGCGAAGCGCACGGGACCACAUCACGCAGCUGAGGCACGACCUCAACGCGAAAGCGGAUCUACUACAGGUGUUAACAAAUGACACAGAGGAGUGUUCGUCCCCCGAGGAGCAGGAGGCGGCCAACGCGGCGCUGCUUCGCAAACGCACGGGGGCUCUGGAACGGGAGAACCGUGCGCUGCGCGAGGAGGCCACGCGCCUCGCCGCCGGCGCCGACAGCGCAGAGCUGGCCGAGCGACAACUGCUGAGAGACAUCGCGCACCAGCUCGCCAGUGCGAAUUCCGAGGCGAGUGCACUGGGCUCGGAGCUGGUGGAAGAGCGGCAACGUUCGGCAGACCUCCAGCAACAGCUUGAUAGCAUCAAUACAAGGCUCGCCGUCAGCGAAAGAAAUUAUCAACAGUUAAGUGCUGAGCACGAGCACACGUUACGGAUAUUAGAAAUAACAAAAGAAAAUCAAAAUGCUCUCGCCGCAGAACUGGCUGACACGAAGGAGCGUUAUGUGGAAGUGGCAGCUCACCUCGCGGAGGCACAAGAGCAGCUGCGUGCUCUACGCAAGCGCGGCGAGCCGGCGGCGGCGCGCGGCCUCAUGCCCAGCGUGGCGGCCGCCGCCGGCCUCGUGCCGCCCAGUCUGCACCGCGAGAUGCACUCCUCCAUAUACUCCGAGCUCAGCCUCGACUCCGGCAUCGGCGAUCCGCUCGCACAAUCAAGCAUGCACAAGGUGUUUGAGACCGUGCAGUGUGCAUCGCGAUGGUCGGGCCAGUCCGGUCAGUCGGGCCCCUCGCUGCCCGGCUCGGACGUAGCUGACGGCCCUGCGACGAACGCGGCGUAUCUGCGACCGCCCGUCAAACCUUCCAGCGAUUCCUUCCUCGAUGACACAUCGGAUACUGAUUCUGAUGAUCUUUACCCUGGCGGCACGGGUGUGGGUGUCCCCGGAGCGCCGGGGGCUGCGGAGCUGGCGGCGGCACUGCGUCGCCUCACGCCGCAGGAGAUCUACUCGCGCCGCGCCUCGCUCACCGCCUCCCAUGUUUUACGACAUCGUCGGUACACUGAGCGGGACGCGAGCGAGGAGAGUGCUGUGUGGGGCGCGGGCGCAGGCGGGCUGGCGCGGUUUCGUCCGCCACACAAGCUGCAGAUCGUCAAACCUCUGGAGGGCUCCCUCACCCUGCAUACCUGGGCUCAACUCGCCAAGCCCUCUAUGUCAGGUCUUUUAGAAGAACAAGAGGGCGUCGGUGUCCGCGGCUCGCGCACAACUGGUCACGGCAUGCGCUUGUAUCGGUUGUCCGACGUGGAAGAAGACGACGACAUGCCCCGCCUGCCACACUCUAGUCAUGUCUACACAUAUGUGAACAGCACUGUGCUGCAUCCUAACGACGGCAGUAUGAUGAGCACUAGUGCGAGCAGCGUGUGCAGCAGCGGCAUGAGCAGCCUGGCCAGCAGCGUGCUCGGCAGCGCGUGGAGCUCGCGCCUCACCUCGCGCCGCUCCUCCGCCGGCGGCUCGCCCGUGCACUCGCGCCGCGAGUCCGUCUGCCUGCCGCCCUCCCGCGCGCACUUCACGCCCACCGCCACGCCCGCCAACAGCCCGCUGCUCGGCUCCCCCGACACCACGCCGCCCGCCUCGCCCCGCCCCGGCGACGCGCCGCCCUCGCUGCACGCGCUCAUCGCGUCCGGCACUUCCAUCCUGCGCCGCCGCCACCUCGCCUCGCCCGGCGGCGACGGCUCGCCAGCGCCCAUCGCACUGCAAACACCUGGUUCCCUUUAUACUGGGCUCAUGCAUCGUAGUCCUAUGGAACAGCUGACGUGCCUCAAGCGCACCCUGCGCUCGCCGGCCGCGCCCGUGGAGAGGCGCCUGGGGGAGCCGGUGGAGCCGCCGCUGGGCGUGCCGGCGCACCCGGGCUCGGGCGCGCUGGACGCGGCGGGCAGCAUGGGGGCGCCGGGCUGCCUGCGGCGGCCGCCCCGCGCCCGGGCGCCGCGUCCUCGUUCGGACCUGGGCACGGUGGGGUCGGGGGUGCCGGCGCCAGCGCCGACGGCGCCGGCACACUCCUCGCAAACGUCGGCGUUGGGCACGCUGAGUCUACUGUUUGGCCGGAAGGGUGGUCUCUUGUAGACGAGCGUGUCCAUGGUGAUCCACUAGCGGCGAUGCGUCAUUGUCAUCAGUAGUCGAUUGCAUUCGUUCGUUCACCGUCCCUAGAUUUUGUUUUAUUUUCUGUGGGACCUUAAAUUAAUUAGUUAUGUUUUUUACGUUUUGACGUGUGUAUUUUGGAAUUAUUUUGUCGAGUCGAGGUAAGCUCGAGUGCAUUUAUAAUAUGUAAGUACGUCCUGCUUCCGGAAAUCAACCAAUGUGCAGGCGCUGAUAAAAAAAUACUUAGGCCCACGUUCACUGGCAACAUAAUCGUCAGUUUUAUUAAAACAACUGUUAACCGUAAAUUCUCAAAGUAAACAGUUGUUUUAAAGAAAAUAAGGAGUUUAUGUUGUCGUUGAACUUGGGCGUUAACGUAUUGUCAAUUAUAUCCUCAUUCAUAUCAUUCACACACCAUUAAUAUAAUUUGAGGUUAUUAUAUUACUGCAUACCGGUAGAGGGCGUAGUUGGCUUGCAUUUGAUACUGAGGAAAGGGAGAAGUAACAUUUGAAUUGAACAUCUAGAAAAAACGACUCAUCACACGAAUUAUUAAAUUUUACUAUUUUAAUGUUUUAAUACUUAAUUGAUGCUAUUAAUUUGGUAGAUUUUGUAGUUAUAUGAACCAAACAAUCCUGAAACAGAAGUCUGUAGUAUUAUAUAAUUAUUUAAGGGUUGUAAUAUUUCUUAGGAUAGGUGAAUAGUGAGACUUAACACUAGGUUUUGUAGGUGCUUUAUGAGUAAUAAUUUACAUAUUCCCAAAUCUCAUCUCAUUGCGUAGUAUUUUCAUGCUUAUGAUUAUUACUCUUUGUCUAGUUAUAAAUUUUGUAUGUGGUAUUGUAAAUAAUUGAAUUUCCAUUAACUUAGAAGAGUACAAAGUAUUUAUGUUUAUGGAUCCAAUUUAGUGUAAUUCAUAAUGAAUGCGGAAUAACUUAAUUUUGUUUUAUAUAUUGCGAAACUUCUAUAUCUAAUUUCCUUUACCAUCGUAUUGGUAUAUAUUGGCAUUAGUACUGUUAAUUGAUUCUUAUUCGGCAAUUUUUUUGUGUUUAAAUUGUUAAUAACAUAGGGUCUGAGUAAAAUAAUGGUGCAUGCCAUAGGAUAAGUAGAACUGAAUUCAUUUUAAAUUAACUGAUCAAUGAAUAAAGUAUUCACAUAAUAUGUGAUGUUAUUUUUUGUUUUUGUAAUAGCAACCAGUUGGUAAUUUAAUUUCCCAGAUAAUCUUAAGUUAUUGAAAUUGGUGCUAGAUAAAUAUUUUUCUGCCAGUGAGUUGUUAGAUGCACGAUUACAAUUUAUGUGAUCGUGGGUUGUCACAUGCAAAAAUAUGUAACAUCUUGUGUAUAGGUAAAUAGCGACAAAUGCAUUGAAGAAUUUCGAAGUGUUUGCAUAUUUUUACAUGUGAUGAUAUUCUGUUUGUUUGUUGUGAAGUUGUAUCAUUCAUAAUCUGGGCCAGGGUUUCACUUUUGUGUUUAUCAACAUAACAAAAAUCAUAAACGUAAGGACGCGGUAAUAUGUGAAAGGGCUGUGAGGUGAUGAGUGUGAGAUAGUUACGCGAGUGCGAGUGUGUAGUCAAAAAUCUGAGAUUACAAUAUUACUACAGUGAGGUAGGCACAAAUCGUGUAGGCUAAGUAAGGCGAAUUUGUUGAUAUUUUGACGAUUAUGAAAAAAGGAAAAUGAUUGAAUUGUAAAGAGAUAUAAUAUAAUUUAUUGAAUGAAAA